AUGCGCUCCGCCAUCGUCUAUAGCGCCUUCGUUGCCGGUGCAUCGGCCCACGGCCUCUGGAUUUACACCGUGGGUGCCAACAAAGUCACCAUGCCCGGUCUGAAUGUGGCCGACGGUACUCCCCGCGACUGUGUCGUCAACGCUUGCGGCGCCCAGGCCGACACGGCCAUCAUCCGCGACAUGGACAUCAUGAACGGCGUUACGUCCCCGCUUGGCAAGACGCAGGGUAACGGUAACGUCGACCCGGCUGCCGUCAUCUCCGUCUUCAUGGGCAGACGCAAGGAGGCUCCCGCCAACAAGGGUGCCCAAUCCUCAGUCGGUAAGGAGGACGCUCUUCCUGGCCUCCUGCAACGCCGCGAGGAGCGAAAGCGGCAGAUUGGUAACCUGUUCUCGGGCAUCGCCAAUUUGCCCGUCGUCGGUGUCGCCGGUCUCGGUGGUGUCCGCAAGGACUACCCCGUCGAGACUGUCGUCCGCGACUCGGCCGGCCAGGGCGCCAAACGUGGCCUUCCCACUUGCGACGACGACGGCGUCAUUUCGGGCGUCUACCGCCAGGUCAACCAGGACGGUGCCGGUCCCCUCACUGCCGCCAUCGACCCGUCGUCUGGUGGUUAUGACGGCAAGGCCUUCCAGAGCGCCUCCAUCGUCCAGAACAUGCCGGGCUUGGGCGUCGGUGGUCUCUCUCUCGCCACCAACACGGAGUUCCCCAUCAAGGUCAAGAUGCCCGAGGGAAUGGUCUGCAACGGCAAGGUCGGCGGUGCCGAGAACGUCUGCAUCGUUCGCGUUCGCAACCAGGCCGCUGCCGGACCCUUUGGCGGCUCCGGUGCCUUCACCCAGAGCCCCGCCGCCCGUAAGCGCGCCAUCGCCUACCGUCUCAAGAAGCGCUUCGACGUGGGCCGCGAGGACGAGGAGUAA